AUGGACACGACUGACGCGCCGCAGGUCAUCGAGCACGUCAACAAAGGACUCAAUUACACGCCGUACGAUGCGCGCUGGAUCCCGUGCUCGGCGCGCUUUGUGAGCAUGGGCAUCCACCCGCGCGCGACCGGCGCCAUCACGAUCUAUGGCCUCCACCAAGGCGAGCUCAAGACCAUCGCCGAGAUAGAAAAGCCGCAUGGCAUCAAGUGCGGUACGUUUGGCGCGUCGUCGCUGGAAGAGCGCCACUUGGCGUGCGGCGACUUUGCCGGCGUCAUGAGCGUCCUCGACUUGGAGCGCCCGAGCGAGCCCGUCUACUCGGCUCAAGCGCACAAGUCGAUCAUCAACUGCAUCGAGGGCUGCGGCGGCUUGAACAUCGGCUACGGUGCGCCCGAGAUUGUCACGGGAGGUCGUGAUGGUUGCGUGCGCGUCUGGGACAUCCGGGUCGCCAACCCCGUCGUGUCGCUCGAGCCCGACGAAGGCGAGGCGGUCCGCGACUGUUGGACGGUCGCCUUUGGCAACUCGUACAAUGAUGACGAGCGGUGCAUCGUCGCGGGCUAUGACAAUGGCGACGUCAAGAUGUUCGACUUGCGCACGAAUUCGAUGCGGUGGGAGACCAACGUCCAGAACGGCGUCGUCGGCGUCCAGUUUGACCGCAAGGACAUUGAAAUGAACAAGCUUCUCGUGACGACGCUCGAAUCCAAGUUCCGUAUCUACGACCUCCGCACCUUCCACCCGACCAAGGGCUUUUCCUACAUGAGCGAAAAGGCGCACAAGUCGACCGUGUGGCAAGGUCGAUUUCUGCCGCAGAACCGAGACCUCUUUAUGACCGGCGGCGGCAACGGCGGCUUCAAUCUUUACAAAUACCACUACCCGUCGUCGCGGACAACAACAGAUCCGGAUGGGAUCCUCAUGGGCGUCGGCGGCACGGUCGAGCUCCUCAAUUCGCGCGUGCUGUCGACACAGCCGAUCGUGAGCAUGGACUGGAGUCCGGACCGCGAAGGCCUCUGUGUGCUCACGUGCCUCGACCAGACCGUGCGCGUCUACAUUGUGUCCAAGACAAACAAGUACUAGCAUAAGUAUCGGCGCGCUACGUUAGCCGAACUACAUGUACAUUCUUC